CUUUUAUUUUACGGAAUAACGAUGAUGGCGUCCAGUUUUCGAUGGCGUUUGGUUGACCUGUUGAUAGUCGAGCUGAAACUAACGUAAAAGAGAGAGUUAUGAGAUUUGUGUGAAUGCCGAUAAGUGAAACAAAUGAUUCAAAAUAGUUAGAAAGUGAAUUAUGAUCGUCUUAUCUGACGAUCAAUAUUUUUUCAUAGAGAAUAAUUCUUAACCGCACAAUGGUUCAACAUUUUGUGCUCAUGAAAAUUAGCAAAGAAGUACUGUCAUUGCGUAUGCGUCUGAUAUAAGUUGGCGCGCAAUGCUUCGUAUCAUCACACAUGUUCAUUGAAUAUAUUCGAUAACGAAUGCUUAAAAGCACUUUCAGUCACAUUUUUGAAGAUACAUGAAAAUAGAGAAUGGCAAUUCGACUUACACUGGAAUGUGGACAUUCAUCAGUAUUACGUGAGCGUACUACUCCUGAAGGUUUUACUCAUGACUGGGAAGUUUUUGUACGAGGAGUUGACAACGCAGACAUACAUCACUACGUUGAGAAAGUUGUCUUUCAAUUACACGAAACAUUCGCAAAACCCAAAAGAGUAAUAAAGGAGCCACCUUACGUGGUAAAAGAAUCAGGGUAUGCUGGUUUCUUGAUUCCAAUUCAUAUCUAUUUAAGAAAUAAGGAUGAGCCCAAAAGAUUUCAAAUUCUUUAUAAGCUUAGCUUACAACCUAGAGGAAGAAUUAUUAACAAAGUUAUACGUCAUAAUGAAAUAAUCAAUAAUCCAUCAGAAGAAUUUCGUAGAAAGCUUCUAAGAGGAGGUGGCGCUGUAAUAUCCAGCACGGAGAGUACGUCGGACAGAGGCGAGAUAAAAGCUCCCGUUAUGGUCGGUAAACCAAAGUUAUCAGUGAGCGAGCCAAAGAAGCAUCGCCUGGUAGAAUCGAAGACAUCUAAUUCAUUCGCUGAAUUAUUUGGUCCUCCUAUAAAAACAGCGAAAAUAUCGCCGGAGAGUAAGAAGGUCACGCAAUCUGAAAAAAGUACUACCGUAAAGCCUAUAGGUGUAUCUGAAAAAAUUGAGAAAGUAGAUAAAAUAACGAAAAGUAAGGACAGUCCGCAUAAGGAUACGAAGAAAGAGAAAGUAGAGGAAAAGAAGGAUAAAAAGGUGAAAGAUCCUUCUAAAGAGAAAAGCAGGAGUAAAGAAAAAUCUAAAAGACCUCCUAGUCCUGGAGGCAAGGGUUAUUCGAGUCCCACCUGUAAACGACCAUCUCCCCCACCUGUUAAAAGGCCCCGUAGUCCUUCGCCCCCUUCUUCCAUUAAACGGGCUCCAUCUCCAAAGUCUAAGGAGAAAGAUAUAAAGAGAUCUGUUCAAGAUAAGGAAAGGGAGAAAGAAAAGGAAAAAGAGAAGGAGAAGGAGAAAGAAAAGGAAAGAGACAAGGAUAAGGCGAGAGACGGUUCUAAAGGUUCGUUGGAUAUAAACAAGACUGAAAAAAAGAAGGAUAAAAAGAAGUACAAGGAUGAAGUCUACAAAGAGAAAAAGGAGAAAUACAAGGAAGGUGAGCGUUCUGGUGUUAAGGAGGCUCAAAAAGUCAAUGAUAAGAAAUUGGAAAAAGGAGAAAAAGAGAAGGAGAAAUCUCAGGAUUAUAAAUCGGUAAAAGAUGGUAGAAAGUCUCCUAAACCAGUUAAGGAAGGUGACAAGAUCAAAGAUGAAAAAUUACCGAAGGUGGACAAAUUGGAUAAGGAUAAAUCGGAGAAAGUUAAGGAGAAUAAAAGUGAUAAGGAUAGGACGAAACAUAAACAUAAGAAGAAAGAUAAGAAGGAAAAGAGAGAUAGUAGUAGGGAAAGGGAGAAGAAAGAAAAACGAGAAAAGUCCAAAUCGUCUGGGGAUAAACAAAAUAAUUUGCCAGCCUCGUCGAAUCCUCUUUCGAUGCUCUUUGCUAAUAUGCCGGAAAGGGAUAGUAGCGAUUCAGCACCUUCUGUCGACGAUGACUCCUUUGUUGAAACAAAGCCAGUAUUGAAUGUGAAAAAGGAAUUGGAUGAUACAGCUCCUUUGACCCUUCCAAUGGAAGCAGCAAGACCGCCCUCGCCGUUACCUGUAACAGAAAUAAAGAAAGAAAAAAAUGAUCGUAAUAAGAGAGAAAAACCAAAAGGAAAUAGGGGAGAAGAAAGAGAAAACAGGAAAAGAAAACGAAGAAGUGAAAGUAAGGGUGAUGAAGAACAUAAUCUUAAAAGAGAAAAGGAUAGAAGUCAUUCGACCUCUCCAUUGUUGGAACCAGUAUCUUCCAGUCAAUCACCGGUUGUAGUGGACGUCGAUUCUAUUCAUAUAAUGAAAGAGAAGGAAGAUCGUCACAUCGCAGAACAAACAAUUAAGAAGGAAGGAGAAACCGAUGGCGAACAGGUAGCUCCGGACUCUACAAAUUGUCCUUUGGUAGAGUCAGACACAGGGGAACCUCCUGUAUUUUCCGAAGAUUAUGUGUCACAGUUGAAGGAUUUACAGCACAAAAUAAUGACAUUACAGGAUAAUACAGAAUUACAGAGAGUUGUUCAGGUAAUAGAAGAGACGGGACAAUAUGAAAUUACUAAGAAAACAUUUGAUUUUGAUUUGUGUGCUCUCGAUCGCAGAACAGUACAACGACUUCAACAGUUUUUUUCUGCAUCAUGACUAUCUGUAAUGUAAAACAUGACACUUUCUUUUUUUUCUUCUUUUUUUUCUCUUUUUUUUUUUUUUUUUUUUUUUUUUUCCUUUUUGUUGUACAUUGCUCUAUGCGUAAGUCAUCUUCGAUCCAUCAAUCCUUUCACCGUGUGAUGAAACGUUUAUCAUACGAUAAUAACCCUGGAGAAUUCCGCUAUUUACUUUUAAUUCUUAGAAAAAUUGAUUUUUAUAUUAGAUUCAUAUAAAUUACAUUGUUUCAGUUGCAAUGUACUAAACAUUAUAAUAAUACAGUUUAAUUCAGCCAAAUGAAUGCAUAUAAAUUAUAUGUAUUUAGAUAGCAUAAAAGUUAUACAUAUGCACACACAUAUAUAUGUAUGUAUGUAUGUAUGUAUGUAUGUAUGUAUGUAUGUAUGUAUGUAUGUAUGUAUAUUGGACUGUAUAUACACACAUUUAGCUUUAAGGUAUAAUAUGUAUUGGACAUUUUACAUCAACCAGUUUUAAUGAAGAGUGCUAAUGAAAAUGAUAAUGUCAUUAUCUUUCAUGAAAUUUUUAAGUACAUUACGAUCUUUUAAUUGAUAGAAAUUGAUUAAGGAUGCACGAAAGUUAUUCCAUCAGUUACAUAAUAGAAUAUCAAGAAGAUAAUGAAAACUCUAAAACGCAACAUGUAGUUAAUAUUUUUACUUUGUUAUCUAAAUGAAAAUGAUAUAUUUGUUUGCUGAAACACGUAAGCGAACUAUUAUUCCACCUUCUCCACCUUGUUGUUAACUAACAACGGUGAAAUGAACGAAUUAUUAUUUUAUAUAAUAUACGUGUUUAUGUACUGAUUAAUAAACAUUUCUUGAAGGUUUUAUUUAUGAUAACUUAAUAGAGACUGUAAAUAUAUAUAGAUAUUACAUAUUUGCGAUAAUACACAAUGUAUCAAAAUACUGAUAGGAGAAGGUGUUUAUUGGUUUUAUAUUUUUUAAUUUUACUAUUUUUUUUUUUUUUUUUUUUUUUUUUUUUUGUGUUUUUUUUUUUUUUUUUUUUUUUUUUUUUUUUUUUUUUUAAUAUAGUUGUUAUUUAUAAGAAAAGCAGCAUGGCGUUAACUAUAGAGCAUAAUUUCUUUUUUCUUUUUUAAGACACUUUUUUAUCAUCAUUAUUUUAUUCGAGCUGGAAUGAAAUUAAUUUUAUCUCAUAUCUCAUUUAUCAUUCGAUGAAUUUACGUGAAAUGUUUUUCUGGGGAGUCUUACAUGAUAAUCUCUAAAAUGUGCAUUUAUUCAAAUAAUUUUUGAACGAACAUUUGGAUUUUAAAUAGUAAAAAUAAUCAAUUUUUGAUUAAUUUUAUGAUUUAUUUGAAAGAAUUUGUAGGUUUUUUCUUUGCUAUGUAAUCUCCCCUGAAAAGCUGCCUAGAAUAAGUAGCUUGUAAGAUAGAAUCUUGUAUUUAUUCAUAUAAAAAAUUAAUAAUGUUGUAUAAGAGUGUUAUUGCAAAAUGAAAAUUUAAUAAUUUCUCUUUAUUAUUAUCGCCCGAUAGUGCACUUCGUCUUAUAAAUAGUAGGGGCAGAAAUAACAAUACUUUUUUUUUUUUUUCUAUAUAUAUAAAGGUGCUAAAUAAUGAACUGAAUUUAAUCUGUUGAAAUUGAUUUGUUACACAUUCAUAAUUUUCAUAUAUAAAUAGACAUGGAGUUAAAUUCUAUUUUUGCAAUACACUUAUACUUACAUUUUACAAUUAGAAUAUUUCUUGUAAAUAUGUUGAUCCAUUAUGAACUGUUGUGUUCAAGAUCUCGAUAUUACUACUUCAGUAUUAGUAAUAUCUGUCCUUAGUAAAUUUAUUAUUACAUACGGAAUUUGCAAGGAAUUUUGCGAUUUUCGAUAAAUAUUUAGGAUAACGAAUGAAAUGAGAUCAUAUAUAUAUAUAUAUAUAUAUAUAUAUAUAUAUAUAUAUAUAUAUAUAUAUAUAUGUAUAGUCUCAAAAAUAUUGUAAUUACAUAAACGCACUUUUCAAAUAUCAUUGAAACAGUCAUGAUGUUGUGUGCAAUUGAUACACCAAAUAGAAAAAGUUUAACGUUUUGAUAUUGAUAAAUAAUAAAUAAAAGAGUGUAUAUAAAUGAUAAUACAUAAAUUAAGAUACCAUGUAUAGUUUUACAGUGUGUCAUUUCAUAAGAAAUAGAUUAUAUAUCGAUUCUUUUUUCAGUGCUGCAAACAAAUGUGGUAUUCGCAUAAAAGCGAUGUAGUUAAGAUUAUUCAAUCUAUAUAUUUGAAAAAGUCUUUUCAAAUGUCACCAGAUAAAGCAUUUAGAAACGCAUGAUUUUCCAUGUGAAUGUUAACUAAUGGUGUCCUUUUUGUUUCUCUCUUUUUUUUUUUUCCUUCCUCUCAACAAUCGUUGAUAUUAUUCAGUUCAUAAAGUGAUAAAUAUAACUAGAUAAUUCUCUAUUGUAUUAAGUAUUGUACGUUGUCAGAUUUUGCGUGUCGAUAUCGUAUAAUAUAAUAUUACGCCUUAUUAGUUAAUAAUCGAUCAAUUUUUUCUCGCAAAGACGUAACUUUUCUUAAAAUUUCCAAUUUUUAAUAACUUUUACAUCGUACGUUUACUAAAUUUAGUUUAUUUAUUUGAUUGAUGAAAUACGUGUGAUGUAUGUAUUUCUUAUCUUCUUAUAUUUUUUCUUUUCUUUUUUUUUUUAAUUAAAACUUUCAAUAAGUAUUAGAUAUAUGAUUAUAUGAUUUUCUCGAAUAAAUACAACAGCGAUCAUUACGGUAUUCUCUUUCUAAAAUAUUAAUUACACGAUUAUCUGUUUCAUAAUACCAUUACUUUGUAAACACUCAUCGAAUGCAUAAUAUGUUAAGUAUAGAACAAAACUAUAACACGCAUAAUAUUGUAAAUAGUAGUUUAUAAGAGAACGAGAAUUGUCUCUUGAAAUGAAAGGGACGAUUCGUCACUUUCAAAGACACAGUACAAGGCAGCAUUGCAGUUUAUAAUAUGCCAUUCGAUGAACGCACGUCUCAUUCUGUGUAUAUUGUUUACUCUAAAUAUAAUAGAAAAUAUAAUAAAGGUCUUAUAUAUAAUUGCCUUACAAAAAUUUUAUUCCUUUGUAGUAUAUGUAAAAUAAUAUAUUACACAAGUGUUACAUGAAAUGAUACUUACCGUUCGACAAUUCGAUGUUUUGGCACAACACUGCUUUUCUUGUUCUUUCUUUUUCUCUUCUAUUAAAUAAUAUGUUAAAUUAUUCAUUUCGAAGUUUAA